CGCUACUAGUGUGUGUAGGUUGGUAUAUGACAUCACUACUAGUGUGUGUAAAUUAGUUUGACAUUACUACUAGUGUGUGUACGUUGGUAUAUGACAUCACUAUGAGUGUACUGGAUCUCCAGUAUAACGUUGCUGACCCCGGUAUCCCCCUUUUUCUUUUUUUUUUGCACUCACGUGAGCGUUUAACCCCCGCACGCUCCCCGCAUGCUCAGUGACGUGGUUUACUGCGCAUGCACAACUUUGAUAUUUUCCUGCACGCCGCGAUGGAGAAGAAUAAUGAUUUUCGUCGCUAUUUGAACCCUUUAAACAUCGGCUUGUCCUGACAGCUGGGGGGGUGGGGGGGGAUGUUCUGCUGUUAUCACUUCUGGUAACGUUUUUUUGCAGCAUUCUGACCCGGAACGGGAAUAAAUUGCGAGUUAUUUAAUCUGUGAAUCUAUCAAUCGGAGUUAAUGUUUCUGCCGCUUCUUCUAUAGAGAUAAUCAAACGAUGUGGGAUCAGGGAUUGGUGCCGUUAAUUAAGGCUGGUACGCCGUUGAUUAAUAAUGAUUUUUACUCUCUCCCCUCUUUGCUUUCUGGGAUCUGAUGAAUCUGCAUGCCAGGAGUUGGAUGAGAUAGCGGACGAUCGUAUGGCCUUGGUGUCGGGCCUGAGCCUGGAUCCAGAGGCAGCUGUCGGUGUGACGAAGCGUCUGCCCCCCAAAUGGGUGGACGGUGUAGAAGAAAUCCAGUAUGACAUCACACGGAUUAAACAGAAGAUGAAGGAACUGGCCAGUCUCCAUGAUAAACAUUUAAACAGACCCACUCUGGAUGACAGCACGGAGGAGGAGCACGCCAUCGAGAUCACGACUCAGGAAAUCACGCAGAUGUUUCACCGCUGCCAGCGAGCAGUGCAGACGCUCCAGAGCCGGUCGCGGAGCUGUACGGAGCAGGAUGAGCGAGUUCUCAGAAAUGUUGUGUCUUCGUUGGCGCAGUCUCUUCAGGACCUCUCCACCAACUUCAGGCACGGGCAGUCUGGGUAUCUGAAACGAAUGAAGAACCGAGAGGAGCGAUCCAAGCAUUUCUUCGACACGUCCGUCCCUCUGAUGGACGAUGGAGAGGACACUACGCUGUAUGAUCGGGGUUUUACUGAUGACCAGUUAGCCCUGGUGGAGCAGAAUACGAUGGUGGUGGAAGAGAGGGAGAGGGAAAUCCGCCAGGUUGUGCAGUCCAUCUCUGACCUGAAUGAAAUCUUCCGAGAGUUAGCAGGAAUGGUGGUCGAGCAGGGUACGGUUCUGGAUCGAAUUGACUACAACGUGGAACAGUCGUGUAUCAAAACAGAAGAGGGAUUGAAACAGUUGCAGAAGGCUGAACAGUAUCAGAAGAAGAAUCGGAAAAUGCUCGCCAUCCUUAUCCUGUUUGUCGUCCUCCUCGUCCUCAUCGUAGUGCUAAUCGGUGUGAAGUCUAAUUAGCGAGUUUUAACUUAUUUUUUUUUAUUAUUUUGGACUUCUGUGAAUGUAUUUUUUUUCUUGUGUGUAAAACAGAAUUUAUUGUUGGGGAUUU